UUUGUGAGAUGAAUCUUUUGAGCCUAAUUACUCUGUGAUUGAACAAUGUUUGUCAAAUAAAAACGAAAUGCUACAGUACCCAAAAACAAAAAAUUUUGCGAACUAAACAAGGCCUAAGUUGAGAUUUUUUCCUCUUUCAUGAAAUACUUUGAAAUAUUCCCUAAAAUAUGGUCGUAUAUGUUAUUUCUUCACUGUUAGAAUAGGCGCCCUAUGGGCUGGCCAUGGGCCUGGCACCCAAGCCUAUUCGGCUUGGCUGCUCAUUGUUAUAGUAAAUAGGAAUAGUACCACAUUGUCUACCCACAUGGGGUGUUAGUCCUAUGUAUCCUAUAUAAUCAGCCUAUGAGGCUCAAUGCAAUAUAUCAACCAAUACCGAGACAUAUUCUCUCUCAUGGUAUCAACCGCCUUUUGAUCCUUUUCUCCGCUGCCCUAUCAGCGCGCAGGCCAGGACCUCGCGACGCACUCCUGCGAGCAGCCUUCCCAACAGCGUCGCCAGCCCAGCCAUGGCAUCCACUCCACCAACCUCUCAGUCGGAUGCCACCGAUGCAACCUCUGCUGGGGCUGACGUCCAGGCUGAUGCAGUUGCCCAGCGCCUCGCCCAGGAGAAGGCCAACGCGGCUGCCGCCGCUGCUCAGCAUGCCGAGCGCGCACGCUAGGAGGCUCAGGAUGCUGCUCUAGCACGUGCCGUCCAGGCCGAAGACGAAGCCAAGGCUGCAACCACGGAGCGUGAUGCCGCUGCACAGCGCGCCAGCGAUGCCCUGGCACGGGCUGCCAAGGAGCGCGCGGCUGCUGCUGUCGGCCUGUCACCAUCGCGCCGGAGUCUUCUGGUGCGUCAUUUGGAGGUACGCCGGUGCCUGAUCUGCGUGCAGCCAUGCUUCACCACGAAGCUGUGGCUCUCCUCCAACUCCACUCUCAGGCUGUUGCGGUCAACAACAUCCGGAACCACGUCACCACCAUCCUCGACGUCGAUUCUGGUAAUUUCAGCCGUUGGUGCGAUCAAUUUCUCCUCAUCCUCGGCAAGUUUUCGCUUCAGGACCAUGUCCGCGAGGAUCCCCCGGACCCGAUCUCUCCUGAUUGGGCUCGGAUGGACUGCGUCGUCAAGUCCUGGAUCAUCGCCAUGCUCACCGAUGAUCUAGGCGAGAUCAUCUCCGCCCGGGGCUCCACUACCCGACACGCCUGGCUCGCCGUCGAGUCGCAAUUCCUCGGCAAUCGGGAGGCCCGCUCCAUUCAGCUGGAGACGCGGUUUCGCAACUUCGUCCAGGGCGACCUCUCCAUCACCGAGUACUGCCGCAAGCUGAAGAAGAUGGCUGAUGAUCUCACGGCCCUCGGCGAGGUCAUCUCCGACCGCACUCUCGUCCUCAACGUCAUCCGCGGCCUCAACGAGCGCUUCAGCCACGUCGGGACGCUCCUUCGCCGGGCCAAACCUUUCCCCACCUUCCUGGAGGCGCGUGAGGAUCUCGUCGUCGAGGAACUCACCAUGGAGAACCGCAAGGAAGCUCCAGCUGCUACACUCGCCGCCUCCACCACCACCACCCCGGCCCCUGCGUCCUCUGGUCCGGGCUCUGGGGGCACUGGUGGGAGCUCCAAGGCUCCCAACAACCGUCGCAGCAAGCGCGGCGGUGGCGGCAAAGGCCACGGCAACAACAGCUCUUCAGGACAGGGCUCCAGACCUCCUGGUGGCACAACGCAGCAGCAGCAGCAGGCCACUGGACAGCAGCAGCAGACUGUCGGAGGGCGCCCUUGGCCCAGCUUCUACAAUCCUUGGUCCGGCACCAUCCAGAUGUGGCCAGGGGGCCCUCGUCCACCUCUGGCGCCCAUCCCGGUGCCCCCUCACCUCCAGGCGCAGCACCAGGCACAGCAGCAAGCGCAGCAGCAGGCCCUGCUUGCCCAGCAGCAGCAGCAGGCGCUUGCUGCCCACCAGCAGGCUGCUCCCAUUGGUGCUGGACCAUGGGUCGCUCCGGGGUUUUACAACCCUAUGACCGGCCUCCCCUCCUGGGACUUGACGGAGCUCGCCGCGGCAUUCAGCACGACCUCAUUGACCCCUCCUUCGAGCAACGAGUGGUACUUCGACACAGGUUCUUCCAACUCGGAAAGAGAUCGUCAGGUGUAAUAGCUCCGCGCCGCUAUACCCUCUUUGCCUUCCACUAGCACUCUCCUUCGCCGCUCAGGGCUCCUCUCCACUAUGGCAUCGGCGUCUUGGGCACCCCGGCCAUG